AUGUGGGAAGGGGAGAUCGAGGAGGCCGGCAGCGCGCGGCUGUCCCGGUCGGAGACGAGGUGGGUGGACGGGAGCGAGGUGGACUCGGAGUCGCCGCCGUGGUCGCUCCAGGAGGACGAGAGCUGGGGCGGCGUGGCGGCGUUCCAGCUCCCUGGGGAGGGGUCGCUGCGGCGGAGACUCGCCAAGAAGCCCCGGAGGGUCGAUUCCUUGGACGUGGAGGCCAUGGGCAUCGCAGAUUCCCACAAGCAUCGCCAAAAGGACCUCUCACUUUGGAGCACACUCGCUUUGGCAUUUCAAACUCUUGGUGUUGUUUAUGGUGACAUGGGCACAAGUCCCUUAUAUGUCUUCAGUGAUGUAUUCAGCAAAGUUCCAAUAAAAUCAGAAAUUGAUGUCUUGGGGGCUUUAUCCUUGGUUUUGUACACAAUUGCGCUCAUUCCUUUCAUGAAGUAUGUGUUUGUAGUGUUGAAAGCUAAUGAUAAUGGUGAAGGAGGCACUUUUGCAUUGUAUUCAUUGAUUUGCAGGUAUGCUAAGGUUAGUCUACUUCCAAAUCGGCAGCGGGCUGAUGAAGAUAUCUCCAGCUUCCGUCUCAAGUUGCCAACUCCUGAGUUAGAAAGGGCACUAAAUAUAAAAGAGUGCUUGGAAAGAAGUUCUUUUGCAAAAAAUCUUCUCUUGUUAUUUGUCCUAAUGGGUACCUCCAUGAUAAUGGGAGAUGGUAUUCUUACUCCAUCAUUGUCAGUAAUGUCUGCCGUGAGUGGUCUUCAGGGUGAAAUUCCAGGAUUUAACACAGAUGCUGUCGUCCUUGUUUCCAUCAUAAUUCUUGUAUUAUUGUUCAGCAUACAGAGAUUUGGAACUGGCAAAGUUGGUGUCUUGUUUGCACCUAUUCUAGCACUUUGGUUCUUCAGUUUGGGGUCCAUUGGAAUAUACAACUUGCUGAAGUAUGAUGUCUCUGUUCUGAGAGCAUUGAACCCAGCAUACAUCUAUUUCUUUUUCCAGAGGAACACCGUAGAAGCAUGGUCAGCUCUUGGUGGUUGUGUUUUGUGCAUUACAGGAGCUGAAGCAAUGUUUGCUGACCUUGGCCAUUUCUCUGUAAAAUCUAUACAGAUAGCCUUCACGUUUGUGGUGUUUCCUUGCCUUCUCUUGGCAUACAUGGGUCAAGCUGCAUAUCUGAUGAAACAGCCUAGUUCAGCAGAAAGAAUAUUUUAUGAUUCUGUUCCAGAGGCUUUUUUCUGGCCAAUCUUUGUGAUAGCAACGCUUGCUGCUAUGAUCGCCAGCCAGGCCAUGAUAUCAGCAACCUUUUCCUGCGUAAAGCAGGCUAUGGCUCUCGGCUGCUUUCCCAGGAUGAAGGUUAUCCAUACCUCAAAGAGAUCCAUGGGUCAGAUCUAUAUCCCUGUCAUCAACUGGUUUCUGAUGAUUAUGUGCAUAGUUGUUGUUGCCACUUUCAGGAGCACCACUGACAUAGCCAAUGCAUAUGGUAUUGCAGAAGUUGGGGUGAUGGUGGUGAGCACUACAUUGGUUACACUAGUAAUGCUUCUCAUAUGGCAAACAAACCUGUUCCUGGCUUUGUGCUUUCCCGCCAUAUUUGGUGCAGUAGAGCUUAUCUACUUAUCUGCAGUGCUGUCAAAGAUAAUGGAAGGUGGGUGGCUACCACUUGCUUUCGCUGCUUGUUUCCUGUGUGUAAUGUACACUUGGAACUAUGGAAGUGUGUUGAAGUACCAGAGUGAGAUCCGGGAGAAGAUUUCCAUGGACUUUGUUGCUGAGUUAGGAUCCACACUUGGCACUGUCAGAGUCCCAGGUAUUGGACUCUUGUACAAUGAGCUCGUCCAAGGCAUCCCUUCAAUAUUUGGGCAGUUCCUGCUUGCUCUCCCAGCAAUUCACUCCACAAUCGUGUUUGUCUGCAUCAAGUAUGUUCCUGUCCCUGUUGUCCCUCUAGAGGAAAGAUUCCUUUUUCGAAGGGUAUGCCAGAAGGACUACCACAUGUUCCGCUGCGUUGCCCGAUAUGGAUAUAAAGAUGUCCGGAAGGAGGACCAUCAGGCAUUUGAGCAGCUCUUGGUGGAGAGCCUCGAGCAGUUCUUGAAAAGGGAAGCUCGAGAACUUGCAUUGGAGAUGAGUCCAGCUGAUAUUGAGCCUGAUGACGAGUCUGUGAUGUCCUGGGAUUCAGGAGCUGCAGAUGGAGCUGGGGAGCUGCAGGUUCCAUUAUUAUCUGAUCAGAAGUUAGGUAAUAACCGCUUUUCUUGUUCUGAAGGUGGUGUUUCGGUACUUCCUUGUAGUGCCAUGCCUUCAGAUGAUGAUCCAAGUUUAGAGUACGAGCUCUCUGCUCUACGAGAAGCCACAGAGUCUGGAUUUACUUACCUUCUUGCACAAGGUGACGUGAGGGCGAGGAAAGACUCAUGGUUCAUGAAGAAGCUGAUUAUAAAUUACUUCUAUGCAUUCCUGAGGAGGAAUUGCAGGGCUGGUGCUGCGAACUUGAUGGUUCCCCAUAUGAACAUCAUGCAGGUCGGAAUCACUUACAUGGUUUGAGCUGAACCUAAUUCAUUCUCGCUUCAACUUGAACAGCAUUGGCAUCUUGAUAAUGUUUUUGUACAAUAUCAAACGGUAUGUUGGAAAUUUAUUUCUAUUAUGUACUUCUUUGAUGGGGAAGCGGCAGUUGUUACAGUAGGCUGUUGCAUUAGUAUCACAUCUUAUAUCCUUUCAAUUGAUUGUACAAAAUACUUUGUAGUGUUCUUUAAGAAAGAUUUCAACUAAAAAAAUUCAGUUCAGUUU